UUGCCGUCCAUCAGGGCAAGAAGUCGCGGUGCGCCUGCGCGCUGCCGCCGGGGGCCUGAGGAGCGGCGCUGCUGUGGUGACUCCCGGGCCGCACCGGGAUCCGCCGCCGCCGCCGCCAUGAGCGGCACGCUGGCCAAAAUCGCCGAGAUCGAGGCGGAGAUGGCCCGGACGCAGAAGAACAAGGCCACGGCGCACCACCUGGGGCUGCUGAAGGCCCGCCUGGCCAAGCUGCGCCGGGAGCUCAUCACCCCCAAGGGAGGCGGCGGCGGCGGCCCCGGGGAAGGUUUUGAUGUUGCAAAGACAGGUGAUGCCCGGAUUGGGUUUGUGGGUUUUCCAUCAGUGGGAAAAUCUACUCUUCUAAGUAAUCUUGCUGGUGUGUAUUCUGAAGUGGCAGCAUAUGAAUUCACCACACUAACUACUGUGCCUGGAGUCAUUAGAUACAAAGGAGCAAAGAUACAGCUACUUGAUCUGCCAGGAAUUAUUGAAGGUGCCAAGGAUGGUAAAGGCAGAGGACGACAAGUCAUUGCAGUUGCUCGAACCUGUAAUCUCAUUCUGAUUGUUCUGGAUGUGCUGAAACCCCUUGGUCACAAGAAAAUCAUUGAGAAUGAACUGGAGGGAUUUGGAAUACGUCUGAAUAGUAAGCCCCCCAAUAUCGGCUUUAAAAAAAAGGAUAAAGGAGGCAUUAACCUUACAGCCACAUGUCCUCAGAGCGAGCUGGAUACUGAAACAGUGAAGAGCAUCUUAGCAGAGUAUAAAAUCCACAACGCUGAUGUCACGCUGCGCAGCGAUGCCACUGCUGAUGACCUAAUUGAUGUUGUUGAAGGAAACAGGGUUUACAUCCCAUGCAUUUAUGUCCUAAAUAAAAUUGACCAAAUCUCCAUUGAGGAACUAGAUAUCAUUUACAAAGUACCCCACUGUGUACCUAUAUCUGCUCAUCAUCGCUGGAACUUUGAUGAUCUGCUGGAGAAAAUUUGGGACUACUUGAAGCUAGUACGAAUCUACACCAAACCUAAAGGGCAGCUCCCAGACUACACCUCUCCCGUUGUCCUACCUUACUGCAAAACAACGGUGGAGGAUUUUUGCAUGAAGAUCCACAAAAAUCUCAUUAAAGACUUUAAAUAUGCACUGGUCUGGGGUUCAUCUGUUAAACACAACCCUCAGAAAGUUGGCAAAGACCACACUCUUGAAGAUGAGGAUGUCAUUCAGAUUGUGAAGAAAUAAAGUUGCUCUUAUAAC